AUGGUGCUUUUGAUCAUAUUACUUCCCUCAGUGCCUCAACGGCCACCUUCUUUGAAACAACCUGUGUCAAAUGGAACCUUUACAGCCCAAGAUGAUAGUAAAACAGUCUCAAAGGGAAUCAUCUUGGCAUUUGUUGUUCUUGCUACUGUUAUCGUCUUGGUGCUGCUUGCUCUGGGAUUUGCUGUUUGCAGGAGGAGGAAGUCACACCAAUCAUUUUAUUGUCAGUCUGGUAUUGAUAUUACAAGUACACAGUCACUGCAAUUUGAUUACAAGACAAUCGAAACUGCAACAAAUAAGUUUUUAGAGAGCAACAAGAUUGGCCGUGGUGGAUUUGGAGAAGUUUUCAAAGGCGUUCUUCCAGAUGGGACAGAAGUGGCAGUGAAGAGGCUGUCAAAAACCUCAGGACAGGGCGGAGAAGAGUUCAAGAACGAGGCUGUUGUGGUGGCAAAGCUUCAGCAUAGAAAUCUUGUUAGGCUUCUCGGAUUUGUUUUAAAAGGAGAAGAGAAGAUACUUGUGUACGAGUUUGUCCCCAAUAAAAUCCUCGAUCACUUCCUUUUCGACCCUUUAAAACAAGGCUUAGUGGACUGGACAACACGAUACAGUAUCAUUGGAGGGAUUGCUCGAGGAGUUCUUUAUCUUCAUCAAGAUUCACGGCUCAUAUUCAUACACCGUGACCUCAAAGCUAGUAACGUGCUCCUAGAUGCAGAUAUGAAUCCAAAAAUUGCGGAUUUUGGAAUUGCUUGGAUCUUUGGGAUGGACCAAACUCGAGCUGAAACACGUAGGAUAGUUGGAACAUAUGGUUACAUGUCUCCAGAAUAUGCAAUGCAAGGCCAUUUCUCCAUGAAGUCUGAUGUCUAUAGCUUUGGAGUCUUAGUUCUUGAGAUUAUAAGCGGCAAGAAGACUAGCAGCUUAGACCAGACGGACGGUAAUAUUAGCAACUUGGUCACAUAUGCAUGGAGGCUUUGGAGAGAAGGUUCACCAUUAGAGCUAGUGGAUCCGGCCAUAGGAGGGAACUAUCAUAGCAAUGAAGCAACAAGAUGCAUCCAUAUUGCACUGUUGUGUGUUCAAGAAGAUCCUGCAGAUCGUCCGACUUUGCCUUCGACUACCUUAAUGCUCACUAGCAACACAGUUACUCUACCACUGCCUCAACAACCUGGAUUUUUUCUUCCAUAG